AUGCCUUCCCUGCUCGUCAUCAUCUUCGUGCUGGAGGUGGUCUCCCACUUGGUCAACUCCAUUGGAGCUGCCACCAUCAAUAGCUUGCUCUGGACGUUGCUCAACUACCUCCCCGUUUCGACGUCCAAGACGGCGAAGCAGCACCGACAGCUACAGGCAGAGUUCCUGAAAGUGCGAAAGGAGCUGAAUGCGACUAGCAGCCAGGACGAGUUCGCCAAGUGGGCGAAGCUGCGCCGGACGCACGACAAGUUGUUGGACCAGCUCGAGAAGAGCAAGCAAUCCCAAGAAGGAGCGAAAUCCAAGUUCGACACUUACCUCACCGGCUUCCGACUCCUCGUCACGAAGGUUCCCCAAUAUGGCUUGCCCUUCUGGUACUCCAAGGAGCCCAUGUUCUGGCUGCCUUACGGAUGGUUUCCGUACUACGCGGAGUGGCUCAUGUCCUUCCCCAAGGCACCGAUGGGCAGCGUGAGCAUCGUGUCGUGGCAGUUGGCGUGCAACGGCAUGGUCACCCUCCUCACGGAGCUGAUCACGUCGAUUUUGGGGCUCGUUCUGAAGGCCAAGCAGGGCCAGCAGCAGCAGGGCAAGGCAAAGGUCAAGGUACCCGCCGGAGCCACAAACGCGAAGUCAGAGUCUGCUGCCUCCGCGCAGCAGGAGAAGAAGGAGCUUUGA